GUAGUCUCUUUUUUGUCCCUGAAGGAACGACCAUUUCGAAGCCCCCAGCCCAUCCAUCGCUAGUCUUCUUCCUUCCUUUGUUAUUAGGGUUUCCGGAAUCUCCAACACCUUCUCCUUCUCCGUCUUGGAUUUCAAUUCAUUUCUGUUGAUGGUUCAGCUGAUGAAGAAUUCUCGGAAGCCCGAAACGGCGUCGUCCGUGAAGUUGGAGAUCGUUGAGGACUCACUAGAAGAAGAGCAUGCCCCCCUCAACAAGCGCUGCAAACCCUCAGCCUCGCCUCUGCCUCAGCCUCAGCAAUGGAAUGCUUCGGAUGAUGGUUCUGUCAGUUCUCCUUCCCAUCUGAACAUACUCGAUGAGCCGAGCCCCUUGGGUUUGCGCCUCAGGAAGAGCCCUUCUCUGUUGGAUUUGAUUCAGAUGAAGCUUUCUCAAGGAAGUGCGCAGCAGAAAGAAGAUUUAAGCUCCGAGGCCAAAAGGGAGAGCAGGUGUGCCAGUGCUGCUGCGGCAUCGUCUGGUGCCGGUGCCGCUGACAAGCUCAAAGCUUCAAACUUCCCGGCUUCGCUUCUGAGGAUUGGUUCGUGGGAGUAUAAAUCAAGAUACGAGGGUGACUUGGUGGCAAAGUGUUACUUUGCUAAACAUAAGCUUGUUUGGGAAGUUCUUGAAGGUGGUCUAAAGAGUAAAAUAGAAAUUCAGUGGUCAGAUAUCAUGGCACUUAAGGCACAUUGUCCUGAUAAUGGGCCUAGCACAUUGACUGUUGUGCUUGCUAGGCAGCCUCUUUACUUCAGGGAGACUAAUCCUCAGCCUAGAAAGCAUACACUAUGGCAGGCAACAGCAGAUUUUACUGAUGGACAGUCUAGUAAACAUAGGCUGCAUUUUUUGCAAUGCCCACAAGGGCUGUUGGCGAAACAUUUUGAAAAGCUUAUCCAGUGUGACAUGCGUCUUAAUUUCUUAAGCCAACAGCCGGAGAUAAUUUUGGAUUCACCACAUUUUGACACACAACCUUCUGCUUUUGAGGACCCAGACAAUCCAAAAGAUCAUGAUCUGCUUCAAGUCAGUGGUAAAGGAUCCUCCACGUCUUGUUAUCAAGACAGUGGAUCACCUCAGGCAUCCCUGUCAUCAUCAUUUAAGAUUGAACACAAUGAUCCUCCUGGAAUGAUGUUGGAUAGUCUCCCCCGAGAUGCACCUUCACCCAGUUCAGUUAUGGAGUGUACUUCAAUUGAAGGGAGUACAAGCUCUGAAACUGAUUCGAAGGGCCCAAGAAAUGGGGAUCAGAUAAAACUUCCUGGACUUCGACCUUCUAUGUCAGUGAGUGAUUUUAUUGGCCAAAUUGAACUCUGCCUGUCAGAGCAAAUAACCUCUGGGAAUCCACCAUUUUCUGAUGGAGGAUCAGAGUACAAGGAGAUCCUGGAAGACAUUGCCCAACAUCUUCUUAAUGACAAUCAGGUUGCAGCAACUUCUGAUGAAAAAUCACUCAUGUCAAGGGUCAAUUCUCUCUGCUGUCUUCUGCAGAAGGACCCUGUUACAGUUCAGAAUUCUCAUUUUACUGAAGAUAAUACUGUUGAAGGACCUGAUGAUGGAAAAGAUGUCAAGCCUGCUGUGGAGGAAUCAAAGGACGCUUCUGGAGGCAAGCAAGCACUAGGCAUGUCUAGGAAAGACUCGUUUAGUGAUUUGCUUCUCCACCUUCCUAGAAUCGCAUCUCUUCCAAAGUUCUUGUUUAACAUAUCAGAAGAGGAUGGUAACAGUCAUGCCAGGUAGUUAUUCUCAUAUUUGGAAUUUCAAAUUGGGCAAGUAUGGAGCUAUCUAGCAGUGUCUAGCUGCAUAGGGAAUAUUUUAUGUCUUUGUAGACAUGUGCAAGUUUAAUUUCUACCCUAGGAACUACUGGGAUUUGGAAAAGUUGUUUUAAUGAAGAAUCCUGGUAGAGUCCAUGUAUAAAUUGUCAAGUAGAUGUGUUAGCUCUGUAUUUGUUAUUUUAUUUUAUUGUUUGAUUUCUGGGUGUUAUGCACAGAUGAUGUCUGCUUGUAAGUAAAUCAUGUGUUGCCUAUUCAAUUAUGUGGAUUGUAUCCAUGUCAUCCCUUGGAAUAGAUAAGAUCGUAAAGCUGUAGCUGAUAUUAUCACUGGCAAGCUCAGUUUGCAUAAAUCUAAUAAUAUAAUUAGAUCGUAAAGAUUUAAUCUCAUUCACCAGUCA